AUGUGGAGUCGCCUUUUGGGUCAUGGGGUUUUUGUUUUACCGGGAGACAUGGCUCCUUUUUUCGUCCGCCUCCACCUGGACUCUUACUUCACGCUCUGCUUUCGCUUCCCAUGUAACGCAAAGGCGCGGGGGCAUUAUGUACGAUGCCGCAGGGGGCGGGUUGCUGGGCACAUUCGUGUUCACAUGACUGGCGCAGUUCCGUUAAGCUUAGAACGACCAACGCGGCUGGCAUCUUCUCAAAAGAGCGUGGCGUUGGGGCGCUCCCCCGAAUUUGCUCGGGAAGGUAAUGCAGUACAAUUUCUUCAUCGUGACGAGGCGGGUUGUCUUCGGUCUCUUUGCUGGCUCACCGAUGUGGGCGUACAGUCUCGUCCUUCCCGAGAAGUUUUUCGUGCAGCACUGACCUCUCUGGACAGGGAAAUUUUACCACUCGUCAGAGCGCCGAAAUGUAAUGCCGUCGAAACUUCAGGAAGCCAAAUCGUUACUACUCCUUGA